AGCCGACCCCGGACGAACACCCCACCCGCCGCGGCUAUAAAAUCGAAUCCGGUGGGCUUUUCGCUUCACCUCACCACGGGGAAAGCGAGAGCGAGAGAGAGAUGAGCCCGGCGGCGGAGAUGGGAGCACCUUGGCCGGUGGAGUUCAUGGGCGCGGCGGAGGGCGGGUUCGGCGGGGAGGCGGUCUACUGCGCCGUCAUCCUGUGGCUGUCCGUCGUGGCGUGGAUCAUCUUCACCUCCGUCGGCGACGGCGACGAGGGCGGCGGCCGCGGCUCGCGCCGCCGCCGCCGCCGCCGCAGCAGCCCGGUGUUCGUCGGCGCCGCCGGCAUCUGCGACGGCACCGGCCCCGGGUGCAGCGGCGGGUUCGGCCCCUGCGGCACCUGCGUCGACUAGCGUCGCGAUGUCGCGAGGCGAGUACUAGUAGCCUUUUAGCUCUAGCUGAUGCUGCUGCGAGCCAUGGGGAUUUUGAUUAGGUGUGUGUGAGAUCAUCAGCUCCCCUUUGUGAAGGCAAUAAGAGGGAGCUCGCGUCCAAUCCUUUGCUUUAGCCGCUGCAGUAAUCAAGCUCUAAGCUUUCUCCUUUUUUUUCUCCCAAAUCGAUCGAUCCUAUGUAAAUUUCUUGAAAUCUUGAUCUUUGAUGCUCUUGCUUUGAACUCGCGAUCAUAUGUAAAUUGAUCGAUCAAGCUGAUGUGCUCUUGGUGUUCUUGAGUAUUAGCAUGGAAGCUCAUCAGUUCCUCUUCGAUCAAUCCUAUGUAAAUUCCUUGAAACCUUAAUCUUAAUGUUCUCUUCCUCACUUGA